UCCCCCAGUAAUAAUGGGCGUUGACAAUAAUCUCGGGCCAAACAACACUGAAACAAGUUCAUGUGCAAGUCUCUCUGCUCUGCUCGCACUUCUAAGCCUCGUCUUCUAGCCCCCACCAACUGGAUACACUGGUAGCCAUGAACUGGAGCCAUUGCCGGCUGCUCUUAAGCCUCCUGAUUGCUCUACUACACUUGAGAAAUACCCACUGUGGAUAUGAUGCCAUUAGAACAGAUGCCACAAACAUCGCCUACAGUGAUGCUAAUGGCGUAGUGUUCCCUGAUUUCAGCGUCACUGCCAGCCCCUCUUCUCCCUGUACACUCCCUUCAGAUGUUAGCUACUUUAUCAGUGAGCUCAACUUCGAGGCUAGCGCUGGAAAUAUCCUCAUUGGAGCAGCGGACAAGCUCUACUUGCUGAGCAAUAAUCUGGUCUGUCUGGAUGAGUUGGUGUGGAAUGCUACACACGCGAACACAGAGCAAUGCUUCAUGGUCAACAGCGCUGACCGGACACGCACAUGUCAGAACCACAUUAGAUUGUACAAGGCAAUUCCCAUGGAAACGAACCUUGUACUCGUGUGUGGGACGGAGGCCAGUAUCUCACCACCGCAGUGCAUGACUAUUGACGUAUCCAGCAACAUGCUCACAGCUGUACAGGGUCCGGUGAACGCUGCCAACGCCAUUGUUAGUUACUAUCCUGAGUUUGAAGGGUUUGGAGAGUUCAUUCGAAAUGACACUACGACGUAUUUUGGUGUUGGUUUCUACCAAGGUAAUCGUGGAGUGGGGCGUGACUAUCAGAUGGCCUUCUAUAAUGUCCAAUCUCCCAGUAACGGAUCUUUGAGCGUGGUCACUGACAUCACCACCAGAAUAGACGAGUCAUGGCUCAAAUCACCUGUGACGUUUGUGGACUACUAUCGUGCGGACUACAUACCCCCCACAGUGGAGGCACUCAGUGUGUCCGGUGGGACCCCCCGCCCUGAAGACUACCACUUCUACUUUGUGUUCAUUAGAGAGAACACGGCUGCUACAGCCAGUGGCACUGAGGUUAUACACAGUCAAGUUGUGAGAAUCUGCCGUAAUGACCCUGGAGUGAAUGGUUUCUUCUCCACCUACAUGAAAGCACGCAUCUACUGUAUGAUACAAGUGCCCCCGGGUAGAGAGUUCAUCGGUGCCAACGACUACAUCUACAACAACAUUGACAGUGUGGCAUUUAACGAGGGUGGUCGCCAUGGCGAGGGCGAGACCUGGCAGAAGACCAUGUACGGAGCAUUCUCUGGACCACUUAUUGGACCCGAGGGCUCAGCUGUGUGCGUGUACCCAGCAGAGAACAGCCGAGAGACCGACGCCAUGGCUAGCUUCAAUCAAGGAAUAUUCGAUAUCUUCCGGGAAGAUCUACUCACCACUGACGGAGUAGAGAAGCAAAAUGUCUAUGUUGAGUGUGACCCUGCUGGACGCAUAGAGGCUGCGUCACUGUACGUGGACAUUAUUCACGACAUUGAGCAGAUGGGAAACAACCCGCUACUCCUUCUGGAGGGAAUCACUGUGACGAAGAUGGUUGUGGACAGUGUGUGUGUUGUGAGGAGCAGUGAUUCCACUCAGUGCGUUAAUCAAGACGUCCUAAUCCUGGGCACAGAUGACAUGAAAGUGAUGAAGGUUGUGUUUGCGACUGUAACGGCUGGUCAGACGACCCCAGUGUACUCUGAGAUCAUCAGUUUGGGAAGUGGAGACAGCUCUGAAAAGAUUCAAGCAUUACGUAUUGAGGAAGUGGGCUCAGAGAAGAAGAUAUUCGUUAGUACCAUAUCGGAAGUAUACCAACUACCAAUUGAGAGGUGCUCCAGAUUCACAAACUGCAGCACUUGUGUGGGUGCACGUGACCCGCACUGCGUGUGGCAUGCUGGUAACAAUGCGUGUGAGAGGAACCCACUGUCUGCCGUGGGAUCAGCCACCGGCACAGUCCCACAAGAUAUUUGGCAAGAUAUCCACGACGGCAUUGCUCCUGACUGUACAAACACUCCCUCCUGCUCUGUUACGGCCACUCCUCUCACUUCCCCUGAGUUUCAAUGCACUGUCCAGUGUAACCGUCUGGUGACUUCCGUGACCUUCUCCUCCAGUAAUAAUGAUCUCUCAAUAGCAGAUUGUAUGAGCGGGCAAACACUGAGUGAUGAGCAAACACUGAGUGAUGAACCUGCAUGUGCACGAUUCAGCGGUGGGCUUGGCCUACAAAAUUACGAAUGUAUAAUAAACGGGACAAUAAUGGGCGGAGGUGCUAGUGGUCCCAAUGCUAUCUUCAAGGGAUUCAUUACAACUGGAGUCGGAUUACCGGCCCCAGUAAACACAAGUGAAAUAUCAGCCGUGGCUACUCAGAACUCUGUUACAGUGUGCCUUCAACUGAAUACAUUCACUGAUCUAUUCAGGAACUACAGAUUCUCAGUGAGCUACGGCACUACCGUGUCCCUUGGUAGCACGAGUAAUGAGACGAACUUGACCACUGACAACUGCUUGGAUGUGCUUGGGCAAACACCAGGCUCCACUUUUUAUUACAGAGUGAAUGUUAUAAACAGCGAGGGUAGUGCUGUCUCCUCUAUACGUGACAUCUUGUUACUCGAGGCUGUCCCUGGUGUAAUUAGCGGACUAAUGGCUACACUUAUUACCAGUGACUCAGUCAUGUUGUCAUGGUCUCCGCCAACUGAGACCAAUGGAGUUAUCAGCGGCUAUGCCAUCAAUGUCAAUGGAUCGGUGGAGAGAUCAUGUGUCUUCCAGACAAGCACAACCUAUACAGUGGAUGGUCUAAUCCCUUACACAGAGUACAGCUUCACUGUGGAGGCAUGCACUGGAGCAGGUGAGGGUCCACCAUCCACUGCUCUGGUUGUGAGGACGUUGUGUGAGCCCCCAGGUUCAGUGGACAACCACUCCUUCUCCUCCUCGUCCCCCAGUAUGCUGACGUUCAAUUGGGAUGCUCCCCAGCUACCAAAUGGAGACCCUAACAACCUCCAAUAUCAGGUGGUUGUGGACUGCUACAUUCCUACCAAUAGUCAAAACACUGGCCCCACUACCAACACUACUACCACUACCACUAGCCACACGGUCACUAGUCUCCCUCCUCUCACCACCUGCUGUGCUACUAUACAGGCACGCCACGUAGGAGGAGCUUCGUGUACUGACACCACUCUCGGCUUUGGUACUGAGGUGUGCGGCCAAACAACUGACACCACUCCUCUAACUGUACAAAGUCUCGCUAUUAAAGCAGUUAGUUCAUCGACACUGUAUGUCACAUGGGAGGAGCCAAGUAACUACGAAAGGCCUGGACUAGUGUAUAAUGUAGCAUGGAGUCCUAAUGAUGGCAGUGGAAUUGUGAAUCAAAAAACUGUGUUUAGUAUUACCGGACUUCAACCUUCGAUUGUGUACACUGUGACUGUAUCUGCAACGGCCCCGAGUGGUGCAGUGGGCGGUGCAAUGAGCCUAUCACGGCCUACACUCUCCUUACCACCUGGCCCGCCCACAGAUCCAAUGCUCGUUGUAUCUAAUAAUGAUGUGAUAUUCAGCUGGAUGGCGCCCGAUCCAUCGGUUACAAGCUAUCUUGCACGUCUUCGUUGCAAUGACAUGGACUUCACAGGAAAUAUUACUGCACCCGCUACAUCUUUCACUUUCAAUACGUCUUCUGCUCCUGGUACCACGUGGUGUGCUGCUAUGGUACAAGCUGUCAAUUCUGUGGCCAGCAGCGAGUUCUCUCCUCGUGUGAGUAUUGUUCGACCGGCUAUAGUUCCUACUAAACCUAGAUGCUUCUUUACUGGAAACACGGGUAGUAAUGCAUCAAUAAGCUUCACUGUGACCUACCCCUUCACACUGACUGGACUGCAGGUUGAGUACACUGUAGUCAGUUCUACUGGCAUGCCUACGAGCGACUCUCAGGAUUUUACGAUUGAUAGUCCCAAUAUUGUUUAUGUAACUGUGGAAAGAGAUGCUUCUUAUGAGUUUAUGCUGAGGUUCUGCAAUGGGAAUCAAUGUGGAGAAUACUGUGAUGUCAUCAGCUUCAAUACAGAAACAACCACCCCGUCUCCCCCUGAGACCAUAACCCCGACAAACGUGGACUGCUGUUCAGCCGCUAUCCAAUGGACUCUGCCUCCCAAUGAAGUCGAAGGUUCUGUAUCUUAUACCCUCCAAAUCACGAGCUCCUGCCCCAACAUUCAAGAGAACAAUGUCUUCUCAGAUAUCAGAGCUCGCUCGUAUGUGUUCACCAAUCUCUGUGCAGAAUCGCAAUACGCUGUAGCUAUAAGAGUGACAGAGCUAACAACUAACACUACCGGUGUGUAUGGUGUUCCCUUUGUAUUCAAUACCAUAUCUGGAGUACCAACUGAACCAAGAAGCCUGAAGCCUAUAAUCAACACCAAUUUAGCUGGUGUAAUGGAGAUGACAAUCAACUGGGGACCCCCUGAAGAGCCCAAUGGAAAAUUAACUCAGUAUGAAAUACAUUGGUCACCAUCGCCUGCCAAUACCGUUUGUUCUGAUCCAAAUAUCAAAUCAGCUAUUCGAGUUUUCGUCGACAGUUCCAUGACACAGUACAAAACUUCAAAUUUAUCUAAUUUGGAUUUGGAAGACUCGAAAACAGUACUUGUGUGUGUUCGUGCCCUAACAAGCAUGCAAGCAGGAGCAUGGGCCACUUUCUUUACAACUGACGGAGCAACUUUCGGACUUCAAAACGGUAACGGUGGGAAUAUUGAAACAUGUUCUAAUCUGAUCAUAGUUGCCGUGAUUGCGUCUCUCGCUGUAUUAACAAGCAUCAUUCUGGGUGUGGUUUUCGUGCUCGUUAUUUGUUACAAUGGAUGGACACCACUUAAAGAGUACAAAGACAAACGGGAAGAAAACAGAGUUGAAGAUUUCUCGAAGGACAAAAAACCUCCUUACAAUAAAACAUUUAGCAUGCAAUCGACUUCAUCCCAAGCACCUAUGUUAAGAAAUGGCAGCACUUCUUCAUAGUAGAGCACUUUCCUUGUCUAUUUAUUUUGUACACUUUACAAACCACUAUGCACUUUACCUCAGCCUAUUCUUGGGCCCUUUUUUCCCAGUAGUGAUCAUCAUACUGAUCUCAGUAUUUUUUUAACACUGUUUUUUUGUUAGUAUUUUAACCGUACAUGACGAUGAUUAUAGUUUUGUGCAAAUAACUUUACUGUUCAAUAACAUUACAAGUAUAUUAUACACAUGAUGAAGAAUAGUUAUUAAAAUAAUAAUCGAUGAAUAUGA